CAGUCAGUCGAGUGCCGUUCUCGUGACCGACACAACAACAACAACAACAAGUAGCAGUACCAACCAACAAGUAACAACAACGUCGUGUUGGUGAAAGUUAGUCGUCUCGUUCUCUCUUAAUUUGCUCCCUUUCGAUUAUUAUCGAUAAUCGUUUGGGAAAGCGAAAGCAAAGAUAGAUGAGAACGUUUGCAGUUUGGUUAUCGUCAUCAUUAUUUCAGUUAGUGUUAAUAUAAUAUAAAUGCAAAUGAUCAUCGACCUUCGAAACGGCCGCGGUACGAUAGAAUCUCGACUUCAUCGGACUUGAGAAUUUUAUUGAGUCGAGCGUGUCGAACGAGUAGAGUGAGUGAGCUGCAUUGGUCUGCCUGCCUGUGGAUAUUCGAUACGCGGCUGAUAUCGAAUGAUCCUUUCGAGGAGCGACCGAUUCUCGUAAUUCUAGAAUCUCUCUCUUUCUCUCUCUCUCUCUCGCUCUCUCUCAGUCGAUCGUGUUCAACGAGAUCUUUUCGAACGAAACGACGAAGAAACGACGGUGGGCCCUGGUAUCGCCGCUGUCUGUGCCGAUAAUACGAACGAAACACGAUUUUUCAGUCGUAUCGGACGAGGAACGAGGUUUUCAACAAGUUUUUCCUUACAAACCACCACCACCACCCUCCCCCCUUUCCCCCGCUUCUUCACACCUCUUCGUUUUCCUUGACGGUUCUUUGUAUUAUAGUGCGAAAAUCUAAACGUGCUGUGAUUUUUUUUUCGUACUAUGAGUUUAUAUAUUCAGUGAAAUUCGACGUGUUUAUUUUUCAAUAAUAUUAUUAUACGCACAAGUGCAAGGAUAAAAGUGACAUGGGCGGUGGUGUCAGAAUGAACAGAGAAAUUCCUAGCAGUACCCUAGCGACUUUGAGAGGUAUUCUGGUCAGUUCCUUGUCUAGGGAAAACCUUGGUCCAAACGAUUUUUCUUCGGUACAUGAAAACAUCAGGAUACGAUCACCGAGGAAGGUUCACUUCCGUGAAGCUGGAGCCGCUUCUGAGGAAAUUAACCAAAGGACCAGUUCUGCACACAAUCGCCACUCUCUCACGAAGGAAGAAACAAUGCAUUGGUUCGCCCAGAUAGGAGGUGACGGUGGUACUCAUGAUUUUCCAGAUAAUCAUCGGAACGAUGUGAAGCGCCGCCGAAGUCUCUACGAUGAGGACUCCCUCGACGACGAUCGUCCUGACGAGAACGAAGCACGAGACUCAACAGGAAGUGCGAAAGAUGUUGAUAGGGCUAGGCUCGUCCGUGAAAGGCAGAACGAAGAGCGACAACGGAAGCUGGAAGAGCUGAGACAACAUGCACUUGCCGCCCAACGUUUCCGGGAGCAGCGAGAGGAAGAACGUCGAAGACGCAUCGACGAGCUGAGGUCACGAGACAAUGACAGAAGGAACCAGGUAGAAGAAAGGAAACGUUUGAUAUGCGAGGCAGAGCGAGAAAGGCGGGAGGCUAUCCUCCGAAAAAAUCAAGAGAGGGAGGCACGCAUCGAGGCAAAAAAGAAGAAUGAAAGAUCGCACAUCGUUUUUGCGUUCGGCAGUUCGACACCGCGAAUGUUGGAGCCAGCCGAUACCGGUGGUUCGACUUUCUGGGGUACACGCAGAGCCACUUCGACGACCAACGUCAUGAUGUUUUCAGCGGCUCAGCCUUUGACCAGGAGAUCCUCCGAGAGGGAACUCGAUGGCAGCAAGAAAAGAGCUACUUCCGCCGGUGGACUCGACAGAAAGCCCGGUGAAGAUAUGAGAAUGUCCUCGUCCAUGUACGAGGUGUUCAAUUGGAAUUCUAGCCCCGAUCCUCCCUUAACCCCUGGCAAACAUAAGAGAGCCAGCCUCUCUCUGCCUCCUACUACAGACAUCUUUGCCAUCGAUGAUAAGUCUGAUAGCGAUACUAGGCGUCCGAUGAUUCAGCGGGCUGUCAGUGGUGAGGAUAGCGACGGAACCCCAGGAACACCCAGUUCGGUUUAUCUUCGAGUGAACAGGAGACGUACAGACCUGAUGCCGACGAUACCGUCCCCCCGUGAUGGACCACCGACGUCCGGACGUAGCUCAUCGGCCAAGGCCUUCGCACGUUCUCCAGGUAGGACUUACUCGAUGUCGAGACUGGACCAGCUAUCUCAGCCUAGGAAACGUCCGACAGAGCUUAGUACAUUGACGGAACAGCAAAGUCAGCCUCUCAGUGGUUCUAGCAUGAGUCGCAGCAUGUCGCAUUUGGCUGCUGCCUCAGGAAGCAAGAGCCUUAAGCGCUCGGAUAAUUCUCGUAGCAUGGGUACAUUGCCGGGUGCAGUUCCGAUGCCGAGACCUACCAGGGCUGAAAGAUUGCGUCGAAAGGCUCGUGAGCUUCACAGUCAACAGCAGCAAGGUAUCCGCAGCGGGGAGGUGACGCCGAACAGCCCAUCACGACCGCACAGCUCCAUGAGCCAGCAAAGUGCCAGCAGCGUGGGUAGCAGUAACGUCAAUCUGCGUCCUCGUACGGCUGCUCCGCGUCGACCGCGACCUGCUUCUAUCGCCGGUACCGGCGUUUCGGUCACAGAGCGACACAAUUUCUCAGGUGACGCAAAAUUAACAAAGGAUUCAAAGCCACCACUGCCAAAGGUCCAUAGUACUCCAAAGAAACCCUCUACGCCUAAAGCAAGCGAGAUAAAGAAACCAACGGAAAAAUUAAUAAAGAAUGCAAAGGCAUCGCCACGAAUAACUCCAAAGGCAACGCCUUUGCAGAGUCCAGGUGUCGAGCAUUCGCCUCUGAUACGCGAAGCCACUGAAAUAAUCGGACAUGAUAAUGAUAAUAAAAAUGGUAAAUCGGAAGAAAGGAACGAGGAAAAGAAGGAUCACGGUUCAGAGAAAGCACAGGACGUAGUAGAGACGGAAUUAGUUGAUAACGAAGAGAAAAACGAGUUUAAAAAUGAUAUUAAAAAUGAAGUUAAGAAUGAUGGUCCGAUAGUCGAACAACCGGUACCAGUAGCCGCUAUCAAACAAGCCAAGGAUGAUAGUAAUUUCAUGCAGGAAACGUUAUCCUCACAAGAAUCCUCCUUGAAGAAAGACGAUAACAAUAAAGUAGAGAAGGUAGAAAAGAAAUUGGCGAUGGAACAGGAAGGAGAUACCGAAGUCGAUAACGAAGAACAGAUCGACAUGUCUGCUUCGAUGAUCGCAAAAAUAAGAAUCACUACGGAAGAGGAGGCCAAAGCCGCCUUGGCGGAACGCAGAAGAUUAGCUCGAGAACAAGCGGAAAGGGAGGCCGAACUCGAGCGUUUACGAUUGGAAGAGGAAGCUCGUUUGGAAGCUGAAAAAUUACGUGCCGAGGAGGAAGAGCAACGACGUUUAGAGGAGGAAACUUUGCGUUUGGCGAACGAAGCACGGCAGGCUGAGGAACAAAGAUUAAAAUUAGCAAUUGAGGAGGCAAAACGUCGUGAGGAGGAAGAUCGAAGAAGACGAGAGGAAGAGGCUCGUCAAAAGCAAGAGAAGGAAGAGGCUGAAAAGAAAGCGCGAGAGGAAGUAGAAAGACAACGAAUCGAAAUGGCCGAACGUUUGAAAAAAGAGGAAGAAGAGAGAAUUGCUAGACGUAAACGCGUUGAGGCGAUUAUGCUCCGAACACGUGGAAAAAAUCAAUCCAAUACACCGACGAAGGGUGAGGGCGGAGAUGGUGAUAAAUUAAAAGAAGAUAGUCCUAGCGAUGAAAAUAAAUCAGCUCCAGGUAGUAAAAACGAAGACGUUAUGACAGCGAGUUUAAUAUCUGAAGCUACUCAGCAAUUUAUAAGCAGCGAACAGCGUGCUCAUCACGUAGAAAACGUUACCGCGCCGACUAUCGUGCAUAAUGGCACGCACAGUAAUGGCAUUAAUGAAAAUAAGAUAGUAUUGGAUAAUAAUCAGGGUAACGUCGAGGGAGGAUUAAAUGGUCAUCACACGAAUCACGGGAACGAAAUCAACAGUCAAUCGAUCACACUGGAUAAUGCCACCGUCAAACAAAACAACGUGACCAACAGCCUGUUAGACCUGUCAGAAUUCGAUACUCUGAGUAAUAACAGUAGUGGUCCAACGCUUGAAUUGACGCUCAACAUGGCCAAGGAAGACACGCUCAACUCGAAUUUGAAUCCAGCAGCCAUACCAUUUACACCAAUGGCAAAUACCUUUACGUCUGCUGGUGCUAAUGCUAACAUCAAUCCUUUCCAAGAUGCUUACGUGAAUAAUAAACAACAAGAGAGCAAUCAAAUGUCAGAUCUUUUGUCCUAAGAUUUUUUUUAAAAUCUUCUGGUGAGCUAUCGAGAGAAAGAAUAAAAAAAUUGGAUUCGGUGUCCAGUGUGUCUGUGGCAAUGGAUAUAUUCAAGAUAACGUCGUUUACGAUAAUGUAAAUAAGCGCUUUGAUAUAUGUGUAGAAAAUGAAGAUCCCAGCUAGAAGGAAGGAAUAUUAUAGUUCAGGGAAAAUUAUUUUGCCCUUAAAUCUUUGAACUUUUAACGUUAUUAUCGAUGAAAAUGUAAAAUAAUAUAUAAUAUUAGUCAAUAAUAUGCAACAGCGAUUCUGAGCACUCAGUCUGUCGUAGUAAUUCUACAAUAUAAAGAAAAAGAAAGAAAAGAAAAGAAAAAGAAGAAAAUAUCAACUUGUGAGUUUUUAGAAAUCCAUUGAAAGAUUAAAAAAAAAAAGAACUAGAAGGGCUAGGAGGGAGGGGGAAGAAUAUGAAAAAAAUAAGACUUGUUCAUAACGUACAAUUCGAGAUACAUGUAAACAUUAUACUGAAUUCCAUCGAAUCAUUUACGCGCCCUUUCCUUAUUUUGUCAUUGACGUUUCAUAAUCAGUAAACGUUUAAUAGAAAAUCGAAUGGAAAAAAUAUAAUCAUGCAAAACACAAACUGAGAUACGAUGAUAGUAGAACUUCAAGUGAUUAACCAAGUGUGUAAAACGGCUUGACGAAUAUAGCACAAGAAAAACUAAGGAAAAAAGAAAAAAAAAAGAAAAAAAAUAAUAAUAAUAAUUAUUAUGCAUGAUGAGUUUAAUAACACCCAAUCUGCCAAAAGAACAAAGAAAUAGGGUAAACAUCACUAAUAAUAUUCUCUUACAUAAUAGAUAGUACAUUAUCUUAUAGAGGAAAAACAGCCUAAGAAUUACUGUGUAUAAUAAGAUAUUUUGAGCUGAUAGAAAAAAUAACUUUUCUUCCAUAUUACAUUUUGGAGUGCGCGCUCCACUAGUCAAGCAAUUUUACUGUGUUUGUCAUAUCUUGUUUUUUGAAAGCUCACUAUCGGUACCAUAUUAUACAUCCAUCAUAAUGAUAUAACUAGAAUUCAUUAUAUCACUGAUAUCUUUCAGUCCAUUAUGAAUAUCUAGUUGUAAGGAUGAUUAUUACUUUAAUAAAAAUAGCCACUGUUGUAUAUGUUAACAUAUAAACUUUUUAUAAUGACAAUAUUACAUUGAGUUUUAUAUAGUAAUUAAAGGUAAUAUAGAGAUCGUAUCUUGAUUUAACAAAUGGAUACAAAUGUCAAAAUUGUUAGUGAUCUUUUUCUUUUUUUUUUUUCUUUUUUUUUAACUUGAGUAAUAAAUGUGAAGAAAAAAAUAAGAAGUAUAUUUUUUUGCUAUUCCAGUGGCUAUUUACGAUAGUAGAGUGUACUGUGAUGCUAUCAUGCAUUAUUGAGCAGGUAUUGGAAUUUAUAUUCACGAUGUGAGUUAUUUGUUAUUACUGUAGUAUAGCAUUAUAAAAUGAAUAUGAGAGUAAUAUGCCUUAUGUUUCAUACUUGCGAUAUUGCAGGUGCACCAUAUUAUGGGAUUUGCAAGCUUAUUUAUAAUGGGUAUUAUAAAUUAAUCCACUUUCUCUUAUUCUAAUUUCUGAAUAGCAUGAAAUAAAGAAAUUAUUCCCAAGACAGAAAUAAUGUUUUUGACGCAGAAACUUCAUGUACAGUUUAUUAUUCAAUGAACCCUUACCCUUUUAUAAGAAUACUUUUAUGAAAGUUAAUCUAAUUUUUUUACUAUCCUCCUUUCGGAAAUAUUUUAAUCAAUUUAAGAGGGGUCGUAGGCAAUGAUAUUUAAUUAUAAAACACCAACAUAUAUAUAUAUAUAUAUAUAUAUAUGUGUGUGUGUGUGCGUGUGUGUGUAUACAUAUAUUAUUAUUAUUAUUAUUAUUAUUAUUAUUAUUAUUAUUAUUAUUAUUAUUAUUAUUAUUUUUAAACAAAUAAGCCCGAUUCAAUAUGGCUUAAUAUAGUAUUUGUUACAGUCAAAUAAAUCGUUUUUUCAAAUAUAAUCCAGUUAACGAUAUAUCAAUAGUAUGUACUUAGUAUUGGAGGACAUAGAUCAGUGCUAAUUAAACAAAUAUUUAAUUAAGCCCCCGCGUCAUUUAAAUCAUCCAAAUACAAAGGAAAUAUGAAGUUCCUUUGUCUUUUAAAGAAAAUAUUUAUCGCUUAAAAAGAAAAAAAAAACAGGAAUGGAAAAAUUUGUUUGUAAAAAAAAUUUUUAAAGUCAUUACUAUUUAAUUUUGGCUCUAUAAAUAUGCUUGUUCUUACUUAUUGGCUAUUAAGGAUAAUUAUUGUAAUAAAGUUUAUUUAUUUUUCUUAAUCUAUUUAAAAAGAAUUCUCGUUAAAUAUGCUUGUCCUAUGUUUGUCGCCGUUCAAAAAAAAAAAAAAGGAAAAAAGAUAGAAAGAAAGGAAAAGGAAAAAAAACCAAUAUCUCUUUGUAUUAAAGUUUUUCUAUAAAAAAAAAAAAAAUAUGUAAUUUUAAUGUUCCGAAUGCAACACGAAUGUUUCUAAACGUAAUAAUGAAAAUACUAAAUAUUGCCAGUUCUUAUUAGUCCACCUAAGAAGACUUCUCAUAUUGUAUAAAAAUACUUAUAUGUAAUAAAUAAUUAAUACGAAA